CGCCCCGCGAUCCUGAGCGCCGCUGAGUUGGGACUGCGGCGGCUGGCUUUGGGUGCCGACGGUAGAGGCGGAGAGCAGUGGGCGGCCUCGGCGUUCCCCUUGGCAGGGUCGGCGGGAGGAUGAGUGCGGCCCGAGAGUCCCACCCGCACGGAGUGAAGCGCUCAGCCUCCCCUGACGACGAUAUUGGAUCUAGCAACUGGGAAGCAGCUGACCUGGGCAAUGAAGAAAGAAAACAAAAGUUCCUAAGACUAAUGGGAGCUGGAAAGAAAGAACACACUGGCCGUCUUGUUAUAGGAGAUCAUAGGUCAACAUCUCACUUCAGAACAGGGGAAGAAGAUAAGAAAAUGAAUGAAGAGCUGGAGUCACAGUAUCAGCAGAGUAUGGACAGUAAAUUAUCAGGGAGAUAUCGGCGACAUUGUGGCCUCGGCUUCAGUGAGUUAGAGGAUCCUGAUGGGGAAGGUGAUGCUGCUGGAAAUGAUGAUGACGAUGACGACGAUGAUGAUUCACCUGACCCUGAAAGCCCAGAGGACUCUGAAAGCGAUUCAGAGUCUGAGAAAGAAGAAUCUGCUGAGGAGCUGCAAUCUGCUGAACAGCCAGAGGAAGUGGAGGACCCCAAAGUGAAGAAGGAUGCGAAAAGCAAUUACAAAAUGAUGUUUGUUAAAUCCAGUGGUUCAUAACUUCCAAGUGUGUGAUUAGUCUUUGUAUUCAAAGUAAGCCUUAUUGUUAUAAUGCACAGUGGAGGACUGCUUCUACAGCACAGACCUUUGUAUUAUAAUUUUAAAAAAAGGCCCUUCUUUUAAAUAAUUACUAAGAGUGUUUGCUUUCAGAUGCCAUGGAUUACAAUUUUAUGGGCAUGAUUAUAUCCAUUUUUGUAAAAUAUAAGAGUUGCAUUGUACAAAAGACAAAUAAAUAUGAUUCCCAGCUUCCUUUCACAUUAUCAUCAUCUACCCUCUAAAUAACUACUCCCCCCCCUUUUUUAAGUCCCUCCUAAUGAAAUUAUGUGGGGAAUAUUGUUGAAACUUCUUAGUACUAUUUUGUGGGUGUUUGUUUUUGACAGCUGUAUGUUCCAUUCUUUUUUUUAUUAUUUUUGUCCCUAAUGUUUUCACUUAUAAAAGUUAAUUUGAUAAUGUGAUGGUGCGUUUAUGAGAAAAAUACCUCUUUAAUUAUAAUACUUUGAUGUAGUGGAACUGUUCAUCAUGGAAAUAUCUCCUGGCAUUGAUAUAUUAUAAUUAUUAUUACUAGCUGGCAAAAAGAAUGGGUCUUUAGUUUAUUGUUAUUUUUCUGCUCUACUCAUGAGCCCAAAGAAUCAUGGCAGUAGAUACUAUUAGGCUGGGAUAACACUGUGCUAUCCACACUGAAGGGUUUGGGGUAUUUUGGUUUGUUUUUUUGUUUUUGUUUUUGUUUUUUAUUACCAUAAGUAAUGGUCCUUUACAGCAAGUUGACCCAGUACCAUUAUACAAUACAGUGUAUUGUAUAAUGUAACACAUUUUGUAGUAGUAAAUUAUAUGACACCGGAUUAAGUGAUCAGGGAAACAAAAUUAAUUUCUUUUGAAAGGAAUAAGUGCAAAAUUAAAUUGGUUGAUUAUUUUAAAGUCACGGGAGGAAAAGAUGUUUCCACUAUUUUCUUAUCAUCCCUCUUUUGUCAUUCUCUAAAACUUACAGCAUCUCAGAGAAUUUGAUAAAGCUUUACCAUGCAAGACACUGAAAGCAGUAUGUCCUCUUCCAAUUCUGUUGCCUGGACUGUGUUUUUUGUUUGAAGUUCUUUUCUGAUUUCAUUGUUACUUCUCUUGUGAGGUUAGAGUACCCUAAUUUAGAAAUAAUAGUUUGCAUUUUUCAUGCAUUUACAAUUAAGAAGCCCUUUGACACGAUGUCAUCAUCUUGAAAUAAUCUUGUGAGAUAGAUAAUUAAAUAUUUUACAGCUGGGGAAACUGAAGCCUAGCAAGGCAAUUUUCCCCUCUUGGAGUUAAUGGUAGGGACUUGGUCCACAGCUUUCUGUUGUAUCUCCCUAUUAGCAACUUACCUAACCAGUAAAUGAGAGGUCAGUCAGUAUAAUGUGAAAGUAGCUAAAACAAAUUUAUUUAAUUGGCUAUUUUCAUAACAGGAUUUUGGCCCUUUUUUUUUUCUUGUUUUAGCUGAAAAUUUAACAGUCCAUUUGAGAUAUUUGUAUGUCACUAUCGGUCACAUAGGGAUACUUAUAAGAAGAGAUACCUUAGUAAUUCCAACUUGAAUCUAUGGGCAUAGUUACCAUCUUUAAGUGACUUGUUUUGUGUUCUCCCCCAGAUAUUGCUGGGUGGCACAGUGAGUGGAGUACUGGACUGGAGUCAGGAAGGAGUUCAACUCUAGCCUCAGAUACUAGUUGUGUGAACCUGGGCAAGUCACUUAACCUCUGCUUGCCUCGGUUUCUUCAUUUGUAAAAAGGAGAUAACACUAGCAUACGUCACAAGGGAUAUUGUGAAGGUCAAAUGAAUUAACAUUUGUAAGGUACUCAGCACAGUGCUUGGCACAUGGUUGGCAUUUAAUAAAUGCACGUUCCCUUCCCUACCCCUGUGGGCUCUGCCACCUACUUGCUGAAUAAUCUUGGCAAAUUACUUCACUUCCCUGGUCUCUAGCAUCCCUCAUGUAAAAUGAAGUUAGAUUAGAUCAGUGGUGUCAAACUCACAUAGAAAAGCAGGGACAGGGGUACACUCACUUGGACAUAAGGUUCCUCAGGUCCCCAUGUUGAUAUAGAAAACCAUAUAUUAGUGUUAUCUAUGUAUUUUUAUUUUAAAAAUAUUUCCCAGUUACAUUUGAAUCUGGUUCAGUGCAGGCUGUGUGUUUGGCCUCUCUAGACUAGAUGACUCCAAGGGUCCCUUUCAGGUCUAAAGUUCUAUGAUUUACUUUUCACAUAUUUAAAUUUUAUACUGAUAUAAAAAAGUUUUCUUUGGUAUUUCAAAA